AUGGCUACCCAGGUCUACUUGCUCCCAUUAAAUGACGAUGGCGCUCCGGCCGUUCCCGGGGGUUAUAUCUUUCUUCCUCCCCCAAGCGACCCACCCUAUCUGCUUCAAUUCCUAGUAGAAGGAAGCAGCCAGAUUUGUCGGAAGGGGAGUUUGUGGACCAAUAUUCCGCCCCCCGGGCAAAUUUUUGAUAGUGGGACCUUUACAGAGUUCGAGCUGAUAAUUGACAACGGGUUGGCACCGGAAUUCAAUCGAGAACUUAAGAUCAAUAUUCCAAUUACAUGUGCUGGAGCUUUUUCCUUUUACAUCACCUAUAGCUCUUUACCUCAGUUGUCGGAUUCCAAUUCCCCCUCGCCGAGCUUUCAAAUCAGAACCGAUACCUAUUAUAUUGACGUGUGCCCCGAUAUCAGGCUUAAUGGCAAGCAUAUGCCGGUCGACUCGUUAUCUAUAUUUUCUGUCAUCUCAAAAUUCAUGGGACAGUAUCCAACGGAUUGGGUUAAACAUCUUGAGGGAAUUGGCCGUCGCGGAUAUAACGUCGUCCAUUUCACGCCUUUGAUGAAGAGGGGCAGCUCUGAUUCUCCAUACAGUAUAUUCAAUCAGCUGGAAUUUGAUCCGAGCACGUUUCCGAAUGGAGAGAAAGAUAUUACCGAUAUGGUUGAGAAAAUGGAAAAGGAUUACGGUCUCCUUGCAUUGACCGACGUUGUGUGGAAUCACACCGCCCACAAUAGCCAAUGGCUGCAGGAGCAUCCUGAAGCAGGUUAUAGUACAGCAACUGCCCCUUGGUUGGAAGCUGCAUUCGACCUAGAUGAUGCGCUGCUAGGUUUCGGGAAUGACCUCGAAUCGAUUGGUCUGCCCACCGUGUUUAAUAGUACCGAAGACUUACAGUCCGUCAUUAAACAGAUUAAACCCCAUGUGAUAGAAAAGAUUAAACUCUGGGAAUUCUAUGUUCUUGACGUGAAGCGGGAUUCAAAAGCCAUUGUUGAUGCUUGGAAAAGUGGACAAGUUGAGUAUCCAAAAGGCGGCUUUGGGGAAGUUGGGGUAGGGGGAUUAAGUCAGAUCCGUGAAUGGACAUGUGAAACGCAAGCCGCCUUUUUACGGGAUAAAGCACUUGAAAACGGCGGUCAAAUUAUAGGGAGAUACGAUAGAAAGAUAAACCCCAAAAUCGGUGCUUCACUUCUCACUGCGUUAUAUGGUAGAUAUGGUACCAUGGGGGACAUUGAAGAAAUUAAAGGUAAUAUUUCCAAAAUUUUGGACGUCCUCAAUUUACCGCUGUUUGAAGAGUUCGAUAGAGAUGUGUCGGAUAUAUGCAACCAGUUAUUCAACAGGACGAAAUACCUCCGUCUAGACGAACAUGGUCCUAGAUUGGGUCCUGUCACACCUCAAAACCCUCUAAUUGAAACAUACUUCACACGCCUUCCCUUAAACGAUAACACUGCCCAUCACAACCCGAAAGCACUUGCAUUGGUGAACAAUGGAUGGGUUUGGAACGCAGAUGCAUUAAUAGAUAACGCUGGGCCGAAUUCUCGGUCAUAUUUAAAACGUGAAGUUAUUGUAUGGGGGGACUGUGUCAAAUUGCGCUACGGAAAAUCCCCAGAGGAUAACCCUUUUCUAUGGGACUAUAUGAAAAAGUAUACGACAUUAAUGGCAACACAUUUUGCAGGAUUUCGGAUCGAUAACUGUCACUCUACUCCUCUACCAGUGGCUGAAUAUUUACUACAUGAGGCUCGACGAAUUCGUCCAAAUCUGAUGGUUUAUGCAGAAUUAUUUACAGGAUCCGAGGAAAUGGACUAUCUUUUUACAAAACGGCUUGGCUUAACAGCCCUGAUUAGAGAAGCAAUGCAAGCAUGGAGCACUGCUGAGCUCAGUAGGCUGGUCCAUCGUCAUGGUGGCCGCCCUAUUGGAAGCUUUGACUCAAGUUUGUUAUCAACUUGGUCUCAGAAGGACGAUAAUUUUUCUAACCGUCAUAUUCGACCGAGUACCGUACAUGCUCUCUUUAUGGAUUGUACGCAUGAUAAUGAAAUGCCGACACAAAAACGGGACCCAAGGGAUACACUUCCUAAUGCAGCAUUAGUAGCAAUGUGUGCUUCUGCAAUCGGUAGUGUUAUGGGUUACGACGAGAUAUACCCGGAGCAUAUCAAUAUUGUUUCCGAGAAACGUUUAUAUAAAUCUGUGUUUUCAGAUAGUGAGAUACAAGGUGUCACUGGCCAUGGAGGUAUCGGUGCUGUCAAGAAGGUCUUGAACAAACUCCAUACUGAAAUGGCGAUUGAUGAAUAUGAUGAAACAUAUAUUCAUCAUGAAGGAGAGUACAUUACAAUUCACAGAGUCCAUCCCCAUACAAGGAGAGGCUUUUUAUUAGUUGCACAUACUGCUUUCAGCAGCGAGGCAGCUAAUAAAACGCUCCCUCCUGUACAUUUAGGCGGCACUAAAGCAAGGUUAUUGGGCACUUGGACGCUGGAGGUAGAUAACGAAAGUUCUACCCUGAAAUCAAUCACCUCAGAUAAGAUGAUAUUGAGAGGCUUGCCAAGUGUUGUCUCAGAGUUAUCUGGGGUGCAACUCGAGGAAAAAGGAAAUGAUACUUUCGUGCAUAUACCUUCACAUUUUCCACCAGGUUCCAUCGCCUUGAUUGAAACAUAUAUACAGGAAGCUGAUCUUCCAGCGAGUCUAAGCGACUUCAUUACAAGUGGUGCAGAUGAAGCAUUUCAAUCUAUUGAUCUUGCGGGAUUGAAUUUUGUCUUGUAUCGCUGUGAUUCUGAGGAAAGGGAUUCAAGCGAUGGCAAAGAUGGUGUCUAUAAUAUACCAAAUUUUGGCCCCUUGGUCUACGCUGGACUUCAAGGAUGGUGGAGCAUCCUUGAAGACAUAAUCAGGAAAAAUGAUCUCGGCCAUCCCCUCUGUGAUAAUCUAAGAGAGGGACCAUGGGCCCUAGAUUUUGUCGUUGGGAGAAUGAGGCGAGUCAUAGCUCAGCAAGGCUACACUAUGCUGGAAGAACCAGCAAAGUGGCUCGAGGAUCGAAUGAAUGCAGUUCGCCGGGUUCCAUCGUUCUUAUUACCGAAAUAUUUUGCAAUCAUCAUGAAGACUGCAUACGACGCUGCUUGUAGGCGCGCAAUUCAGGCAUUAGGUGUUAUCUUGGAGCACGACCAACACUUCAUUCACGAGUUAGCUCUAGUAAGUAUUCAACAACUGGGGCUUGUGAAAUCCGCGUCCCUUUAUCCCCACACACAUGUGCCUUGUCUGGCUGCCGGACUACCCCAUUUCGCCACAGACUGGGCCCGGUGUUGGGGUCGUGACGUUUUUAUCUCUCUUCGAGGCUUACUUCUCGUUACCGGUCGAUUUAAUGACGCGAAAGAGCAUAUUAUAGCAUUUGCAAGCGUUUUAAAACAUGGCAUGAUACCUAAUUUGCUUUCUUCGGGAAAGUCUCCUAGAUACAACUCGCGGGACUCGAUAUGGUUCUUUUUACAGGCUAUUCAGGAUUAUGCACUCAUUGUUCCUGGUGGCAUCCAAAUUUUGAAACAAGAGGUCUCACGUCGAUUUUUACCGUAUGAUGACACCUGGUUUCCGUUUGACGAUGAGAGAGCCUACAGCCAAAAGUCUACUAUUGCAGAUGUGAUUCAGGAAGUAUUUCAGAGACAUGCUUCGGGAAUAUCAUUCCGAGAGUAUAACGCUGGCCCUGACCUUGAUAUGCAAAUGAGUUCAGAGGGUUUUCAAAUGGAUAUUAAAGUCGAUUGGAACACUGGUAUGAUAUUCGGGGGCAACCGGUGGAACUGCGGAACGUGGAUGGACAAAAUGGGUGAAAGUGAUAAAGCUGGGAGUAAAGGAUACCCAGGAACUCCAAGAGACGGUGCACCAGUUGAAAUCACUGGAUUGGUAUACAGUGCUCUCCGUUGGGUUUCUGGACUAGGGAAGCGCGGGUUAUAUGCUCAUGACAGCGUCGAUAUCGGCCCUGGUAGGAAAGUAACCUUCCAAAGUUGGGCCGAAAAAAUCAAAUCAAACUUUGAGAAGUGCUAUUACGUACCUAUUUCCCCUGAAGAAGACAGCCAGUUCGACGUUGAUCCUAAAUAUAUUAGCCGCCGUGGCAUAUACAAAGAUAUUUACCAAUCCGGCAACCCCUCUGAUGAUUAUCAGCUCCGCCCUAAUUUUUCAAUUGCUAUGGUUACUGCUUCCGAACUUUUUGACUCAAGACGAGCAUUUCACGCUCUAACCACCUGUGAUACUGUCCUCCGUGGACCGAUGGGCAUGGCUACACUUGAUCCUAGCGAUCCAAACUAUCGACCGUACUACAACAAUUCGGAGGACUCCAACGAUUUUGCAACUUCGAAGGGGAGAAAUUACCAUCAGGGCCCUGAGUGGGUAUGGCCAACUGGUUACUUUUUACGCGCAACGCUGAAGUUUGCUUUGUCAACGGAUAAAUCACACCAGUUCUUGAUGGAUAUCUACCAACAAAUUGCAAUUCGACUUAGAGGGUGUCGAAGGGCAUUGAGAGAUAGUAUGUGGAAAGGGCUAACGGAACUGACAAACAGGAAUGGGGAGCUUUGCCCCGAUUCGGUGAGUACCCGAGGCUAA